GGAUUUGUGUGGCGAGAAGCAAUCUAUAGGCACGUUACUUACCAAAUAUUCUCGUUCUUCAAUGCAAAAUGGUGUGAAAGUUUAUAAUUCAAGAAGACUCAUUUCUUAAAAGAAUGGCUCACCUUUUGGGGGCACUCAAUUGCUUUAUACAGUUUCUGGAUAUAAUAAAAGAAGAUUCUCUUGCAUA